CAGUAGAACAUAUAAAAAUUGUAUCAUGGAAUAUAGCAGGUCUAGACGCUUUUAUUUCGGCCGAGUUUAUAUCCCGCUUUAUGAAUUUAGACCAUGAUGAUGAGGAGGAGGAGGAGGAUGAUGACGAUGAUGAAGACGACGAUGAGGAGGAGGAGGAUGAAUCUGAUGAUGAUUAUGGAGUUGACCUGACCCGAAGGACUAAAGGCGCUUGUCAAAUAUUGUUACGACAAAACCCGGAUGUGAUCUUACUGCAAGAGGUGGUCGAUCAUAGCCUGGAUAUCUUAAGGAGAGAGAUGACUAAUUAUGAAAUAUUUGUGGGCAGUGGAGAACACAUUGGUAUAACUGCUAGCUACUACACUGCUAUACUAGUCAACAAGAACACUGUUGAGGUCCACACACCAGGUGUCGUCUUAUUCCCGACUACUCGCAUGAAGAGAAAUCUUUUGUACUUUAAGGGCAGAGUCCGGGGUGUUCCCAUGACAGUGAUGACGAGUCACAUGGAGAGUCUGCUCGACAGAAGUGAAGAAAGAAUGAACCAAAUUAGAAUCGCCUUCCGUGAGAUGACCAACACGGCGCCUGAUGAGACGGUGGUGUUUGGUGGGGACCUUAAUGUCAGGGAUUGGGAAAUUGGAGGUGAUACCAGUGUCCCUCCAGGAGUUCUUGACCUCUGGGAGGCUACUGGCAGCAGACCGGAAACACAAUACUCUUGGGAUUUAACAAUCAACGACAACAUCCGGUUUCCAACUGGUAAUCAGCCUCGUAGACGAUUUGACCGGAUGUACGUCAGACACAGCGCCACCCCUGCACUAGAGCCGUUGUAUUUCAGGUUUAUCGGCACCAACCGGCUGCCAUCUUGUCAGAGAUUUGCCAGUGACCACUGGGGUCUGUUGGCCAGCUUUAGAGUUCUACGACACGGAUCAGCUGCCCCGUGGAGGCUUACACAAGAUGGUGGUCAGGCUAGUCCAAGCGGUCAACAGGAGGGUGGUCAGGCUAGGCCGUUUGUUGUUUCCAUAGGUCAAGUUGGACAUGCUGGUAUUUCCGUAAGUCCACAAGAGGAUGGUCCGACUAGUUCCAGAGAUCAACAGGAGAGUGGUCAGGCUGGACCCAGAGGUCAGCUUGAUGCCGGGGUUCCAGCUCAGAUACAUGAUCGUUCAGAGCAGAUACAAAUUGCAUCAUGGAACAUAGCAGGUCUAGACGAUUGUAUGUCGUCCGAUUCCAGUUUAAGUGAUGGUAGCGAUGAUGACGACGAUGAGAGUGAUGAUAGUAACGAAGAUGAGGAUGACGAUGAUGAAUCUGAUGAUGAUUAUGAAGAUGAUCUAACCCUACGAACUAAAGGAGCUUGUCAGAUACUGUUACGAACUAACCCGGAUGUGAUCUUGCUACAAGAGGUGAUUGAUCAAAGUCUGGACAUCCUAAGGAAAGAGAUGACCAAUUAUGAAAUAUUUGUGGGCACUGGAGAGCAUGUUGGUAUAACUAUGGUAGGAAUCCACUUUCCUCCAACAAUACCGAGUGGCUACUACACAGCUAUACUGGUCAAUAAGGAAACAGUAGAAGUCCACAUGCCGGGUGUAGUUGUAUUCCCUACUAGUACCCAAAGGAGAAAUCUGCUGUACUUUAAGGGCAGAGUCCGGGGUGUCCCCAUGACAGUGAUGACCAGUCACAUGGAGAGUCAGCUCCCCUGCAGUGAUGAGAGAAAGUACCAAAUUAGAACCGCCUUCCGUGAGAUGACCAACACGGCGCCUGAUGAGACGGUUGUGUUUGGUGGGGACCUUAAUGUCAGGGAUUGGGAAAUAGGAGGUGACACUGCCAUCCCCCCUGGAGUCCUUGACCUUUGGGAGGCUACUGGCAGCAGGCCGGAUACACAAUACACUUGGGACCUAAGAUUCAACGACAGUCUCCGGAUGCCAGGACGCAAUAGCCCCCGCAAACGGUUUGACCGGAUGUACAUCAGGCACAGCUCCCCUCCGGCCGUAGAGACGUCGUAUUUCAGGUUUAUCGGCACCCUCCGGCUGCCAUCUUGUCAGAGAUUUGCCAGUGACCAUUGGGGUUUGUUGGCCAGUUUUAGAGUUCUACGACACGGAUCAGCCGGCCCCUGGAGAGGUCUACAUGAUGGUGGUCAGGCUAGUUCCAGAGGUCAGCAGGAGGACAGUUGUCAGACUAGUUCCAGAGGUCAAGAGGAAAGUGGUCAGGCUAGCUCCAGAAGUCCACAGGAUGAUGGUCAGGCUAAUUCCUUAGGUCAACAGGAGGACAGUGGUCAGGCCAGUUCCAGAGAUAGACAGGAAAUAAGUCAGACUAGGACGUUCUUGAUUUCCAUAGGUGAUCAGGAAGUUCUGGAUCAACCAGAGACACAAGGGUAG